UGGGGACUGGAGAUCACACUGCCCAGAAAACACCGCGACGCCGGCCAAUCACGGCGCUGCACCAGCGACGCCUGCGCCAUCUUCCGGCUCUGGACGAGGAGUCCGUCAGUGCCGAGUGGAAGAGCCCACUGGCUCGCACAGCGCGGCUUCGGUAGCAGCUGGAUCUAGGAGCAGCAGCUCUGCCAUCUUAUGAUUCAGUCCAUCCCCACAAGAGGAGCCUGGACAAGGACCCAGCAGCCCUUGAGAUUCUAAAAGUCAUGUCCCUCGUGAGUUUUAAAAUCAUGGGCCAGCAUUGUUCAGGGAUGUGGUCGUAGUCUUCUCCCAAGAGGAGUGGGAGUGGCUGGAGCCUGCGCAAAGGGAGCUGUACAGGGAAGUGAUGCUGGAGACGUACAGCAACCUGGUUUCGCUGGGUCUUGCCACAUCCAAACCUGAUGUGAUCUCCUUUCUGGAGGAAGGCAGAGAGCCCUGGGUGGAGGAGAAGGUGACAGUGGGAGGCCUGUGUCCAGUAUUGGAGUCUGAAUAUUAUACCAAAGCCCUGUCUCCAAAGCGGGAUGCUUAUGAUGUUGAAUCCCCGCAGUGGGAAAUAAUGGAAAGCCUUACGAGCUAUGGCCUUGAGUGUGCAAGUUUCCAAGAUGACUGGGAAUGCAAAAGCCAAUUUGAUGAACAACCAGGAAAUCCAGGCAGACAUUUCAGUGAAAUGUUAGACAGUCAUGAGGGUAUGCCUACUUUCAACCAGCAAGCAUCCCUCACUUUUUAUCAAAAAUUCCAUACUGGAGGAAAUCCCUGUGGAUAUAAUAAAUGUAGAAAAGACUUCUGGCAAGAGGAAUUCCUUAUUAAUCAUCAAGGCAUUCAUACUAACGAGAAACCCUAUAAAUGUAAGGAAUGUGGGAAGGCCUUCAAAUAUGGCUCACGACUAGUUCAACAUGAGAACAUUCAUUCUGGCAAGAAACCCUAUGAAUGUAAGGAAUGUGGAAAGGCCUUCAAUUCUGGUUCAAAUUUCAUACAACACCAGAGAGUUCAUACUGGGGAGAAACCAUAUGAAUGCAAAGAUUGUGCAAAGGCCUUUAGUCGAAGCUCACAGUUGAUUGAACAUCAGCGUAUUCAUACUGGUGAGAAACCCUAUCAGUGUAAAGAAUGUAGCAAGGCCUUCAAUCGCAUCUCACAUCUUAAAGUUCAUUACAGAAUUCAUACUGGUGAAAAACCUUACUUGUGUAAGGAAUGUGGGAAGACCUUCAGUCAUCGUUCUCAGUUAAUCCAACAUCAGACUGUUCAUACUGGCAAAAAACUUUAUGAAUGUAAAGAAUGUGGGAAGGCCUUCAAUCAGGGAUCCACUCUUAUUCGCCAUCAGAGAAUUCAUACUGGUGAGAAACCCUAUGAAUGUAAGGUGUGUAGAAAGACCUUUAGAGUGAGCUCACAGCUUAAGCAACAUCAGAGAAUUCACACUGGAGAGAAACCGUACCAGUGUAAGGUUUGUGGAAGGUCCUUCAAACGGGUCUCACACCUCAGUGUCCAUUACAGAAUUCACACUGGUGAGAAGCCAUAUGAAUGUAAGGAGUGUGGAAAGACCUUCAGUCACUGCUCCCAACUGAUUCAACAUCAGGAAAUUCACACUGAGGAAAAGCCCUGUGAAUACAAGGAAUGUGGGAGGAUCUUAAGUCAUGAUUCAGCUACUCUUCAACAUCAGAGACUGCACAGUAGAGAAACACAUGUGAAUGUAAUAAAUGUAGAAAAGCCUUCCAUCAGUACUUACCCACUAUUCAUCAUUAGAGAGUUUAUGUUGGCGAGCAACCGAAAAGCCCAUUAGCCUAGGCCAGAGGUGGUGAACAUAUAGCAUGUGUACCACAGAGGGCUGUUUGUUAUUGAAAGCUCUAAAAGUUCGUCCUCAUUGUUUCAGAGCUUUCAGUGAUACAGACACUGUGCACUGUGGCACACAUGCCAUAGGUUCCCACCGCUGGCCUAAGCUAAACACAGCUAACUCCUGCAUCUUAGACGUGAGAACUACAGUGUAAAAGAGAAUGCCUUCAUUCUGAGUUUAUCCUAAGUCAGAACAUUUCAUAUAAAAUUUUUAUAAAUCUAAAUUCUUUAGACUACAGUUGUCAAAAAAGCAGGGAAAGGUUGGAAAGUUGUCACUAACAUUCCAGAAUUACAUUUUCUAACCAAAUUUUGUUUUCACAACAAUCUAAAGUUUUAGUUUUCUCAGAAAAAAAAAAACCUAACCAAAUACUCUUGGAUUAACAAGGAAAUAAAUUAUGCAAAUACCAAGAAUGUAGUAAAGAGAAUGAACUGAGAGUUUUACAUGCUUAGCGGUGAGAUAGCCUUUAAUUUUUGUCCCCUUUAAAUGUAUGUAUGUAUGUGAAAACCCGAGACUGCUCAGACAACACAAAAUGUACUGUUCACGACAACCACACACCCAUGCAGCAAAGAAGAUAUUAAUAGAAAAUGAAAACAGAAAAGGAUGACAUAAAGGGUGAUCAAUCAUUUUACAGUAAUCCCAGUUCUUGUUAUUUCUGUUAAUCUAAAUUCGGGAGAAUGUUUCUUGAUUUCCACACUGUUACAUUGUUUUGUGUUCUUGCUUAUGACUCAGUUGCCUGUACAGCAUCCAUUCUCUGUUCUUACUGGCAGCAGCUGUGUCUUGCCCUAGAGUUUGCAGGUAUGAGACUCUGAUUUUCCAACCUUGUGUGCUGCUCAGAGUGCCCAGUUUCUUCCAUUGUUGGCCAGUGGAAUCUGCUGGGUCUUCUAGGAAGAAUUUUCCUCAUUCAGGGGAUAGAGACUGAAGAUUCCCUCUUCUCUCACUUCCUGCUUUUAAACCUUUCCCUAUGGUAAUGUGAUGCCAGCAGCCACCUUGGAACCAAGAUGGGGAGACGACCUCAGAGAAGCUGACUCAGCUUCCCACCCAGUUCUGGAACUGCCUCUUUGAUGAUUUGUUUAAGAAACAUAAGCUGAAGUUAACUUUUGUUGGAUAUUUUGUAAAUUAUUAGUAGAAAGCAUCCUAAAUGAUGUAAGAUCAAAAUUUAUUAUCAGUAAAAUGGCCUGAAAAUA